AUGAUCAUUAAAUGUUAUCAACGUUAGUAUCUUAAUAACGUUUCUAUUUUUAUCGCCCUUUUGUGUUUUUCAGUUCUUGAUAGUCACCCUGUUUAUGGUGAAUUCUUCAGAUGUCCCAGUAUCUGCUUUCGACGACAGUUCAUACUAUCUAGGUAAGUACGACUUGAGGGAAAUACAGCAGAAGUCACCAGGAGUAUUUGCACCUGAUUUCGAAGGCGGUUCCUACUUUAUAGAUGGUUCCUACUUUCCAGGCAAAUGCUACUUGAAAGAAGUACAACAGGACUUUCCAGGAGUAUAUGCCCCUCCGCGAACAUCGACAACUCUCCAAUAUGCAAUUAUCCAUUCAUUAGCAUAUGAAUUGGAAUUAGAUAUCAGUUUGGAGUUAGACGGAAUUAGGAUUAUGAGUUUGUAAUUAGAAUUGAAGGCACUAGUCGAUUAUUAUAUUGUAAUUGUAUAAUAUAAACGAUUAUUUUCAACAUUACGAUAUAAUACAAUAAUCUUAUCAACAAUUCAUAAUUUUAAUUAUCUAAGCGUUGGGUUUAACAACCUAAAAGCAAAUAAGCAUAACUAAUUAAAAACGUCGUCGGUUUAUUGUAAAAAGUCAUUAAAUGACAUUUCACAGCCUUAAAUCACUAAGAAUUUUAACGAAUUUCCCUCAGUGAAAAUUGUUCAUUUGUUGUAUUUAUGUCUGAUAUAUAUAUAAUAGGAUUUAUAUGACUAAGAUCGAAAUUCACAAAGGUGUUCUAAAAAGUUCAGCUACUUCGAAAAUGUACUUAGUGACUUUUUGAAUCUAAUCAACGAUGUAUUCAUUAUAGUUUUGAUUUAAUGCGAACAGAAGUUAUAUUCGAAAAUGUUUUUUGAAAUUAAAAUGUUUAAGGUUUAAAUUAAAAUUUUGUACCGAUGACAAAUAUAUCCUAUCAUUUAAUAACGAUCCAUCUAUUGCAACCCAUAAUCUUCAUUCACACAUCACAAACCUUUAAGAACUGUGUCAAAACUGGAGGAUUAAAACAAAUUCCAAUAAAUCCCAUCAAAUCACCUUUAUCCGUCGGCGUGAAUGUAUGACUUCCUGUCCUAAAGUAUCUUUUAAUAACACCUCACUUUUCCUGUUGAAAACUUGAGAGUUCUACCUGGACAAACGUCUCACUUGAAAUCCUCAUAGAAGACUGAAACGUCAAGAAACUGCUUGACGUUUCCACUUACUCCAAUACUUACUUGACAAAUGCUCUAAACUUCCAAUUAAUUACGAGAGACUCAUAUACAUGACUAUAAUAAGACCUAUUCGGACUUACGGAGUUGGGCUAUGGGGCUCCACUAAACAAUCAAAUUCCUCUCGUAUCCAAUCCUUACAAUCCGAACUCCUCAAAGAUCCUUAUUUAGUCACAAAUAAAAUAAUCUAUAAAGGCUUUAAUGUUCCAUAUGUUGGCCCAAUCCAGAUACUUAUCCUUCCAUAAUAAACUUCAUAACCAUCGGAAUCCUCUGGUUUCUAACCUUGCUACCUCAUCGAUUCCUGAUAACAUUCCAAGGCGACUGAAAAGGAGAUGGCCUCGUGAUCUGCUAUGUAUUCAUAUCACUGAUACCAGUGAGUAGUUUUGCAACAAGCGUUUUCAUGUGAUUAUAUUCCUGUGUACACAUUUACUUGAUGUAUUUAUAUUAUAAUACAGUUGUUAAUAUCAUGAAUAAACAGUUUUAAAACAAAUUAAUGACGAUUAAAACAAUAAAAUCUCGAACUAAAC